AUGGACGCUCGAAUCCAUCAUCGGACGACCAACGUAGCGCCGAUGCUUUCCAGGCGAAUGCUGCUCGAGUGGCACUUAGUCCCCGCCAGAAGCGUCCGUACCUCCUCGGCUGCUAGCUCAUUGGUCUUCACCGAUACCGAGCAUGCGGGUAUUGCUCUAGAUCUCGAAUUCUUGCAGCGCAUGUGGCAAGGCCAAGCUCUCGAGAGGAUCGAUCUUCCACCCGUCCUAGCUCACAUACAGGGUCAGGAGAUCUGGAUCGCAGGAAGAGCUGAGCCAGACGAUCUCGAGCACUUGAGCGAAAUCAUCAGCAACUCACCGCUGGUCUCUAACUACACAGUGCACGUCGUGGCUCGCUACUCUCUGCGCCAGCUCGAGAUGUCGCCCGACUCUGCACAGCCUCCGGUACAUGCAUGGAGUAGUGUUACCAAAGCGGACCUCCAGAUUCACAGCACCAGAGUUCGGUCAAGGCGUAGACAACUAUCGAAGAGGGACAAGAAGCGACAUGUGCCAAAGUGGGCUCAGCCCCGGCAGCCGGCGGCAGCCAGACCACCACCAUCGGACAUCAGUUUCAUGCACAUCACCCAGGAAGCCUGCACGGACUACAAACAGCUAGCAGCACAGGAGAGGAGCAUCGUCGACAGAACAAAGCACAAAGGCAAAGGAAUGCCGAAACUGUGCCGUGCCUCCCACGGUGGCCAGCUGAUCAAUGUACUCCCGAGGAGUCCUCGCCUUCUCUCAUACAUGAAAAACAACUUCGAGGUCUUUAAAAAGAGUCUGCUCAUGGCAAUCGUCCUUGCUGAGCGGGACGUGAAGCCGGAGGAUGGACCUGGUAGCCAUCGCACUGCACUUUUACGGCACCUGAGAGAGGUGUUCGUACACCGUAAUGAUGGACAGCCCGGUGAGGAGGAGCUACAGAGGUAUCGGGCUAUUUUUGCGGGAAGGAGGUGA